CAAGAGUAUAAACAUGGAGAGGUUACAUGUAUACUUCUUUGCUGUUAUAAUAAUAUCUGCUGACGCCUUGCAACAGGCCGACUUAGAUUAUAUUGCUGCAAAUCUGGAUGUAAAACUCUCAGUUUUCGAUAACACAAAAUACGACGGAACAAAACAUAGAUUGAGUCUCACUCUCACAAAUACCGGAAGUAAAACCAUCAGACCUGACAACUGGUCCAUUUACUUUUAUAGCUUCUUCAUGAUUGAACCAGACCAUCUCCCUUCGCCGGAGGGAUACAUUUUAACGAACUAUAAAGUGAAAUUAAAUCACGUUAAAGGUAGUUUGUUCAGUAUGACCCCGACUGCGGAUUUUCCAGAUAUUACUCCUAAUGGUUUUCACUAUAUCGAAUUCUUUGGACAAUGGUGGGCAGUAGCGAGAUCUGAUAUUCCUCCAAACUGGUACAUAACGGGACCUGAUCUGAAACCUGUCAAUAUCAAAUCAACUGCAACAGGCGAGAAAUUUGUGACAAGAUUUUCUACCGUUAGUCAAUGGAAGAGAUAUCGCGUUGAUCAAUUUAACCCCUUUACACCCCAGGACCGAUAUAAGAGACAGAAAGUUCGAAACUUCAACACUCACACAAAAAAGGUUAUUCCAACUCCAAAACACGUUGAAGUCUUAUCCCAGCAGUCCCUCGAUUUGAGUAAAAUGAUGGCAGUUUGCACACCAGUUGUUUCAGGAAGUUGCGCACUUUUAAGAGAGAGUUCAACAAUAAGAAAAGUGUCAAUUUCUGGAGAAGUUUGGAAUCCGAGCGACGAGCAAAGCGCAAAAGAUCCCGACACAGAUUCCCGGAGUUCGCGCCUCAUUUCCGCUUACCUAGCAGACGACAGCUACAGGGCGGGAAAGGAAAGGAAAGAAAUCGUCAGGAAAGUGUCGAUUGAAGAAAAAGUUUUGAAAUAUUCAGAUAAAGACCCAGACAAAACUUGGACAUGA